GUCAGCCCGCCCAUGGACCGGCUGGGUGGGCAGACGGCAACCUGGGUGUUAUCAGCCGAACUUUCUCGAUCUCCGGCCGAUGGUGGCCACGAGGAAAAUGGCGCUCAAAUUAUUUCUCUGUGUCUUAGGUUUCAGCUGUUUCGGAAAUAAUAUUUUCGCACAUGCCAACCAGCCCAUAGAGCCCAACCUGUCGAACCCUCCCCUCUUCAACUACGGCCUGCAAGUGGGGGACAAGGAGGUGGACAACGAGGUCAAGUUGGUUGAGCUGCCCUUCAAUGUCUCUUAUUUUGGCUCCAGCUACAAGCAGAUAUACAUCUCAGCCGACGGGACUAUCGGCUUCACCAAAGCCCUCACUUACACAUCGACGGUCAAGUGGACGGAGGGGGUCAGAAACCCUGACAAUGACGUGCCCUUCAUCGCGCCGCUGUACUACAGCGGUUUCCGCCUCCACAACACCGAGCACAGCACCUACCAAGGCAGGAUCUACUACAACAUCAUCUCAAGAGACGAGCUUAGGCCAGAAGAUUUACACUACUCAGAGUACCGGAACUUGCUGCUGUAUAUCGGCUACUACCUGCGUGAGGCGGUCGUGCACCAGCCCAAAAAGUUUGACCCAGAGCUGGCUGUGCUAGUCACGUGGGACAACGUGGCCACAGGAGAAGACAACGAGAACGGAAAUGCUUGCACGAGAGAUGAGCCGUGUUCGGGCGCCACCUUCCAAAUGUUGCUGGUGGCCGACAGACAGAACACCUACACCGUCUUCAACUACGGCAAGAUGGACAUCCACCUCAAGCCCACCUAUCAGGCCGGGUUUAAUGGCGGCUAUGGGCGUGGCUGGUUCAACGUGAUCCCGUGUCACGGGACGUGCACGCUGGGCAUGAACUCUUCUGUGAUCGCCGAGCUGCCCAGGCUGAAGGGCAGCAACCACAAGGGCAGAUUCGUCCUCAAGGUGGACGGCGAGCUCAUCAUUAGGGGCGGCUGUCUACCUGCAGAGAUCCAGGCUGGUAUGCUGGAGCUGUACCCCACGGAGGUGGGCAUGUUUGGGGGCGAGAAGCUGGAGGUGUCUGGGAAAUGUCUGGCACGGAGCGACAAGAUCUACUGCAAGUUCGGGGAGCAGGUGGUCGAGGGCACCAUGAUCAACGAGCAGAAGGGUUUCUGUCCCGUCCCCAAGAUGACCAGGGUCGGGCCAGUCACGGUCUAUUGGUCAAGUGAUAGGCAGGACUGGAGCGUUGAUAAUGUCGUCAUUGUGGUGGUAGCUGAGGACGUUGACCCCGCUAAACGGUUCGCGCUCCACCAGACGGAGCAGCUGAUGCAGUGGUACACCCGUGACGUCACCACCAUCACCAUACCCUGGGACCCACAGCUCCUGAUGGCCGAGUCGUCGGUAGACACGGAGGUAGAACUCCGGCUUCUGGGGUACAGGGAGCUGGAUAAUAAGGUGGAGUACACGGUGCUAGAGAACCUGGGCAAGGAGCAGCUGUCACGUGGUCAGUUCAGCUUCCCCGUGGAGGGGCACCGGUGUAAACACAACUGUGGGGACUACGAGAUCGGUCUGUUUGAGGUGGCCCUACCCACACACUUCCAGGGGACCGCCGCGGAGAGAGUGGCCAUCCGCUACGGCCCCUUCCCCCUGGGCUGGUACAUGAACGAGGACCUGACGGAGCGGAUGGGAAGCGACUGGUCAGACCAGAAGUGUCGUGCGUGGAGCAGGGAGGACGGCAAGUCGACGGACUGGAUCCAGCGCCUGCCCCCCUGCCCCUGCAGCCUGGCCCAGGCUCUGGCAGACUUUGGUCGCUUCCAGGCCGACCCCAGCUGUAACAUCCAGACCGGAAGUAAGUGCCACUACCACAAGGAGGCUGUCCACUGCGUUCGCUCGGUGUGGCCCACCGCCGACAAGGCCGGAAACCAGUGUUGCUAUAGCAACAGUGGGGAGCUGAUGUUCUCCCAGCUCAACUACCAGGGCAGCUCCCCCGACCGCAGCCACGUCUGGGGCGCCGCGCCCUACGACCGCCCCGACCUGGUGCCGUCCCUGUCCCACUGGAAGCAUGACGUCAUCAGCUUCUACUACUGCUGCCGAUGGAACGACUACGCGCUGUGUGACCUGUACAUGGACCUGCGACCGACCACCGACUGCCUCAAGUACUCACCCCCGGGACUAGCGUUUCUGCGUGGUGACCCCCACGUGAGCACAUUUGACGGUCAGCGCUACACGUUUGUGGGGGGUGGGGACUUCUGGCUGGUCAAGGAGGGUCAGCUCAGCAUCCAGGGCAGCUUCUCUCAGCGGCCCAACGCCAGGGACAUUGGUCACCUCAGUGGCAAGCAGGAGUGGCAUCCCAAGGCACUGAUCUCCCUGACGGUCAAGCACGCAGACGAUGACCUCAUUGAGGUCCACCCCGGCCCUGACCGAGCAGUCCGGACACACGGCCUUGAACUUCGAGUCAGCGGGGAGCGGAAGUUUUUCUUCAAGCAGGCCACGAAGUGGCAGAACUUUAAAGGUGUGUCCGUCAUUAACAACGCUAGGGAUGACGUCAGCAAUCACCAUGACAACUUCACCAUUUUGUUGAGCAAUGACGUAGGCGUCCAAGUGGCAGGGGUCAACGGCCUCCUGCAUGUCACGGUGGCCCUCCCACCCAGUCUGAAGAUGUCUGGCCCCUCGGACAAGCCCUACGGCCAGGGCCUGAUGGGAACGUUUGAUGACGUCAUCAACAACGACUUCACCUCCAGGUCUGGGACUGUGACCACGCCCACCACAGAGAAAAGCGACUUGUACCAGAGUUUCGCUGUUUCAUGGGGCGUGGCCAAGCACGAAUCCCUGUUCCACUUCCCCAAGGCCGCCGAGUCAGCUGUCCCUCCCCACCCCUUCUACGAGUUGAGCGACAUCCCCUGGGACAUCCCGGGUGAGCCGUCGGAGGCGGAGGUCAGAAGUCUGUGUGGGAGCAACAACUUCUGCGAGUGGGAUUAUCGGAUUACUGGGGACAAGGCUGUAGCCAUGGCAACGAGAGAAGCGGAUGUGUAUUUUAACGCCAUCAAAUCUGGAGCGUACAAAGUUGAGAACUGUGGCCUGCCAGAUAUUGGCCGCAUGGCCAAGUUAUCGGCCUACAACUUCUCCGUUGGCCGAGAGAUUCGAGUUACCGGAUGUGACAACGACUGGAAUUUCGCCGGAGACGCGACGUUCAGGUGUGUCAGAGAGAGGCUGGACGAGGCGGAGGAGAAAGAGAGGGAGGAUUAUGGUGAGGUGGUCACGGACCCCCACGAUCUACGUCAGUACAUCAUCCACUGGGUGCCCAAACCUUACACAGUCUGUUACGAUGAAGACAUCGAGGCAGCGAGUCUGGGUCUGAUCAUUGGCUGCGCAGUUGGUGCAGCUGUCCUCGUCAUCGUCAUCAUCAUCAUCGUCAUCGUCGUCAUCAGAAGGAAGAAAUCCUCGGGGAAGUCCAGGCCAAAGGGAGAGAAACCAAAAUCCAGCCAGAGGAGGGGGCAGGAGGGGGACCCAGCGGCGGCUGAGUCGAUGUUGAGAGAGGUGGAGGACAGGAGCCCUGUUUACCGCGUGAAGAAAGACGUUGUGCGCAUGUCAGACGUUGAGGCUGGUCGUCAGGACUAGCCAGGUCCGACAACUCAGUCAACAAUUACAUCAACAGACUGGCUUAUCCUUCCUGAACUGCUUGCUACAACAAGGGACAUCAUUCACAUUCCAAACUAAAAGAUUGACAUAUCAAAUUGUUUUUACUUUUGUAUGGAUUUCGUUUAGCUUGUAGUUUGUUUAUCAACAUUUCAGCUACGAUUUAAAAUUUUAUCUUUGAAAAUGUGUUAGCUAGUUGGAUCGAAGGUUUAAAGCACCUUUACUUUUUUAAUUUGGCUUACUAGAAUGUACAUACUUUUGUCUUUACAAUAUUGAUUUCCUAUGUUUGUGUUUUGUGUAUGUGUAAUUAGGUGAACCAUCUCAAUGUAUUGAAAAAAAAAAAAAAAAAAAAGAAAA